UCAGACAUUUUAAUCAUCACUAUUGUGGGCUUUGCAGUGAACUGAUGAAGAAAAUGUUUUUCAAAUUAGUUUUGUUCUGGUUGAGUUUGUGGCGUCUGAUUGGAGUGAUUGCCGAUGAUGGAGAGAUGUUAGCUGUUGAAGAAAGAUCUGUCACUCUUAACUCUAAUCUUACUGAAAUGAUGGAUGACAGUGUGAUUCAGUGGAGGUUUGUAAGUGAAAACGCUUUAAUAGCUGAAAUCAAUAAAUGGGCUGACAGGAUGACUGUGUAUGAUGAUGUUCUUGAUGGGAGAUUCAGAGACAGACUGAAGCUUGAUGAUCAAACUGGAUCUCUGACCAUCACAAACAUCACAGUGAAACAUGCUGGACGUUAUGAAAUGGAGAUCAACGGUGUGAUCAAGUCCUUUAAUCUUACUGUCAUCAGACUGAAGAUCAUGUCAGUCAAAAAGCACAGUUCUGUCACUCUGAUCAAUGAUCUUAUCGAAGUGAUGGAUGUUGAUCUGAUUCAGUGGAGAGUUGGACAUAAAGGACCUCUAAUUGCUGAAUUCAAUGUACUGGAGAAAACCAGCAGUGUAUAUGAUGAUGGCUUCUAUGGGAAAUUCAAAGACAGACUAAAGCUGGAUGGUCAAACUGGGUCUCUGACCAUCACAAACACCAGAACCACAGACAGCAGUUUUGAACUCAAGAUCAACCUUAUGAAGACACUUUUCAUUCUCAGUGUCUAUGAGGAAAUAUCAGUGAUGGAGGAAGAUUCAGUCACUCUAAACUCUGGUCGAACUGAAAUGGAUUAUAAAGAGAUUCAAUGGAGAUUUGGACUUAACAAC